AUGGAGUUUGCAGAGCUAAUCAAGACACCGCGAGCAGAUAAUGUGGUCCUGCACCGUCCCUUUUACCCAGCAGUGGAAGGGACACUAUGCUUGACUGGCCACCACCUCAUCCUCUCAUCUCGGCGCCAGGACAAUGCUGAGGAGCUGUGGCUGCUGCACUCAAACAUUGACUCAAUUGAAAAAAGGUUUGUUGGCUCGUUAGGCACCAUCAUUAUAAAAUGUAAAGAUCUGCGGAUUAUUCAACUGGAUAUACCUGGCAUGGAGGAGUGUUUGAACAUCGCUAGCUCUAUUGAGGCCUUGUCCACCCUGGAUUCUGUCACUCUAAUGUAUCCCUUCUUUUACCGGCCCAUGUUUGAAGUUGUCGAAGAUGGCUGGCACUCCUUCCUGCCUGAGCGAGAGUUCGAACUUCUCAGUUCAGUAACGAAUGAAUGGCGGCUGAGCUAUGUCAAUAAGGAGUUCUCCGUCUGUCCCUCCUACCCACCAGCUGUCACUGUCCCAAAAUCAAUUGAUGAUGAGGCCCUUCGGAGAGUUGCAACCUUUCGCCACGGUGGCCGCUUCCCCGUUCUAAGCUAUUACCAUAAGAAGAAUGGGAUGGUAAUGAUGCGAAGCAGCCAGCCUCUCACAGGUACUAAUGGGAGACGGUGUAAGGAAGAUUCAGCGCUUAUUAAUGCCACCUUGAGGGCAGGCAAGCGUGGCUACAUCAUUGAUACCCGUUCCCUGAAUGUUGCUCAGCAGGCCAGAGCCAAAGGAGGCGGCUUUGAGCAGGAAGUGCAGUAUCCUCAGUGGAGGCGAAUUCACAAAUCUGUUGAGAGGUAUAAUAUUCUGCAGGAAAGUCUCAUCAAACUUGUGGAAGCUUGCAACGAUCAGUCACACAACAUGGACCGCUGGCUUAGUAAACUGGAAGCCUCCAACUGGCUGACUCACAUUAAAGAGAUACUAACUGCGGCUUGUCUGGCUGCUCAGUGCAUUGACAGGGAAGGAGCAUCAGUGUUAGUUCACGGGACUGAAGGAACUGAUUCUACACUCCAGAUAACUUCAUUGGCUCAGAUCAUCUUGGAUCCAAGGUGCAGGACCAUACGUGGCUUUGAGGCUCUUGUUGAGAGAGAGUGGCUGCAGGCUGGUCACCCAUUUCAGCAGCGCUGUGCUCAGUCUGCCUACUCCAACAGCAAGCAGAAAUGGGAGUCCCCCGUGUUUUUCCUUUUCUUGGACUGCGUGUGGCAGACCCUCCGUCAGUUCCCUUGCUCUUUUGAAUUCAAUGAACACUUCCUCAUCGUGCUCUUUGAAAACGCCUACGCCUCGCAGUUUGGCACGUUUCUGGGCAACAACGAAAGUGAAAGGUGUAAACUGAAGCUGCCACAGAAGACUAUGUCCUUGUGGUCUUGGGUGAAUCAGCCUUACGAACUGAGCAAAUUCAAGAAUCCUCUGUUUGAGGCCAACAGUCUCGUCAUCUGGCCGUCUGUCGCGCCACAGAGCCUGCAGCUUUGGGAAGGUGUCUUUCUCCGUUGGAAUAGGUCCUCCAAGUUUCUGGACGAAGCCUGCGAAGAAAUGAACAACAUCAUAGAGUACAACAAGGAACUUCAGGCAAAAGUCAAUGCACUGAGGAGGCAGUUAGCAGAACUGGAAACAGAUGAUGGGAUGCAGGAAAGCUCCUGAGAUCUUGCAAGGCUUUGGACACCAGGUCUUUCCUUUCAAAUCACCUUUACACUAAAGACUAAACAGAGAAUGUGCAUGUGUUGCAGAACCCUCUGGUGCAAUUGCUCCUCAACCCUUCACUGCUGAAACCCUCACUUUACACUAUCUACAUCUCUUCCGUUUGGGAUGGGUCUCUUGUUUUUUGUUUACAGGGGAAGUGCACUAUUCAGCAUAGUGUUGUCUCUUGACCGUCGCUGUCUUUAAUAAAUUGUGUACAGUUUCAGCAUAAGCUUUGUCUCUUACCUCUGUCAGAGUUUGUACAGACCAGGAUGGG